ACUUUUGUAAAGACCUGUAAAGACCUGCGACUUUUUCCUGUGCGACUUGAACCGAGCAACGACACCGAGCUACACACUUAAGUAUCUUUUUUCCUUCCUCACUCUGCUUUUCAGACUUCCACUCACUCCUAGCUUCAUUUGAUCUCAAUCGCCUUACCACUACUAGCACACACAAAUCAGGCAACCAACUUGAUUUAAUUUACACACGCAAUUGUACUGCAGAUAACAUUCUGGUACAACCGCUACAUAUCUCGGACCAUUUCUUCAUUACAUUUACACUACAUUUUGCUACCCGUGUGCCACCAACCCCCCUACCGGUUACUUUUAGACGAAACCUGCGCUCCCUUUCUCCUUCCCAUCUUUCCACUGUAGUAUCCUCCUCUCUUCCCUCAUCUACCCAUUUCUCAUCUCUGGAUGUAAACGCAGCUACUGAAACUUUAUGCUCUACCUUAACUUCUUGUCUAGACGACAUUUGUCCUCUCUCCUCUAGGUCAGCACGGACUGCCCCUUCUAACCCCUGGUUAUCUGAUGUUCUUCGUGAACAUCGGACUAAACUCAGAGCGGCAGAGAGAAAAUGGCACAAAUCAAACAACCCGUCGGACCUGAAACAACAAACUGGACGCUAAACAGUCAGGUUUCAGGAGUGGCCAUUCAACUGAGACUGCACUUCUCUCGGUCACUGAAGCCCUGCGAAUUGCAAAAGCCCAUUCCAAAUCAUCAGUCCUCAUUCUGCUGGAUCUAUCUGCCGCUUGACACUGUCAAUCAUCAGAUACUCCUCUCCACUCUCUCAUCACUGGGCAUCGCAGGAAUUCCACUUCGCUGGUUUGAAUCCUAUCUCACUGAUGAUCCAACGGUAGCUGCAAGGAUCUCAGGUUGCCUGGCGGACAUCUCGGCAUGGAUGAAAGAACAUCACCUCCAGCUCAACCUGGCAAAGACUGAGCUUCUUGUCUUUCCUGCCGCUCCAACUCUACAGCAUGACAUCACGAUCCAGUUAGGUUCAUCAACAAUUACCCCAUCAACUUCGGUCAGAAAUCUUGGUGUAAUCUUUGAUGACCAGCUGACCUUCAAAGACCACAUUGCAAAGACUGCUCGAUCUUGCAGGUUUGCACUACACAACAUCAGAAAGAUCAGGCCCUUUCUGACGGAGCAUGCUGCACAACUUCUUGUCCAGGCCCUUGUCAUUUCUAGGCUGGACUACUGCAAUGCUCUUCUGGCUGGACUUCCAUCAAACACAGUCAAACCUCUACAAAUGAUUCAGAAUGCGGCGGCACGACUGGUCUUCAAGGAACCCAAAAGAGCCCAUGUUACACCUCUCUUUAUCUCAUUGCAUUGGCUACCAAUCGCAGCUCGCAUCAAGUUCAAGACACUGAUGCUUGCUCAUAGAACAACCACAGGCUCAGCACCCGCCUACAUGCACUCACUAUUAAGAAUCUACAUCCCUCCAGAAGUCUGAGAUCUGCUAGUGAGCGACGCCUCAU